AAUAACAAUGGCAGUUUAUCAUAAACCUCCGCCACGUAAAUCUACACGUAGCCUACAGCUAAUUGAGCGUAUGCGAAAGUCAAUUGGACCACGUUUUUAUCCUGGUUCUGAAGAUCCUAGCCAUUCAGAUGAAUCAUUCACCCUGGAUGAUUCUAGUGAUGAUGAAGAUAUUUCACAGCAAAGCACUGAUAUCAUUGAUAGGAUAAUAGAAUUCCCAUUGGAUACAAUGCCAAUCGGUAUACGGAAAAAACAAACAGAAAAGGCAGAAAGUAAAAAAAUUCUUGGAUUCGGUAUGAAAUCAUCACGUUUCCCUAAAGCAUCAAGUAAUUUGACAAUAACACCAGCACCUGGCACCUAUGAAAAGUAUCAGGAGUACAAUGUGAAACCAAAAUUACCGAUAUGUCAGCAACCUUUUACGAAAGCCCCAAAUGUAAAUCGUCAUUUUCGUGCAGAUACUAUUUAUGUUGGACCUGGUGUAUAUGACUUUGAAAAGUUCUAUAAAAGAUCUACUGUAGUAGAAUCAAAAGGACGUUUUGAUACAAGCAAUGAAUCUAGGUGUAAACCAAUCAAAGUUGGUUAUAUGGCUAGACUGAGUGCAAUUUCACCGAAUCAAUACAGCCCAGUAGAUCCUAAUAUGUAUCCAUCAACUUUCAAUGUUAAAUCAGUGCCAUUUUUAAAGAAAGCACCAAGGAUGACUAAAAGAGAAUUCAAUAAUUACAUACAAAAUGUGACACCAUUCACUGGUCCUGGAAGAUAUCAUCUUCCAAAAUAUGAUACUUCAGAAGAAAAAGAACCUGAAUAUCAUUUCUACCUUUCAAAGUGUCCGCGUAAUUUGACUUUAUUGGAGGAGAAAAGAUUACAGGCGCGACUUCAUCCGACUAAUAUACCAACAUGGAAUUCAUGUACACCGUUCAUUCCAACACGCAGUUAUGAUAAAUUAGUUGGGAAUUAUUUAAAAAUACAAUGA